AUGGCUACCUCGACGACAACAACAACAACAACAAAAACGGCGGGUGGAGGAAAAGAAACAUUCACACUCCUCCUAUUCGCGACCGCGGCCUCGUACACGGACACGGAGUCGCUCAGCCUCCCGGGCCCCACGACGCUAGGCGACGUCUUCCAGACCCUCGAGACCCGCUUUCCCGGGUUCCUUCGCAAAAUUCUGGCCGGGGCCGCCGUCACGCUGAACCUCGAGUACGUCGAUGUCGGUUUCCCGCAAGGAGAAGCGGACUCCGAAUCGGAAUUGGAAUCGCAAGCCGAGGCAAUGGCGUGGCCGUGGGCAGAAUGGAAGUCGACCCUGGAGGGGUGGGGCACAGCUGUCAAGAUCGGCGAUGAGGUCGGCGUUAUCCCGCCCGUGAGCAGUGGGUGA